AUGGCCAUCAUUGUGGGCUCACUGUGCAUCCUUUCCCUACUCUACAGCCCCAAGAAGAGCAGGAGUCUCACCUACCACCUCAGGUACGGCUCGUUGGACUACACGGAUGAGGACGAAAACCCGGAGAAGGUUUGUGACUGCUCGGCCAUCCUGCAGGGAGAGCAGGAGGCGCUGGAGCGAGCCAAGUUACUGACCCUUACCAAGGACUUCCGCAAGAGGGUCAACGUCCCUGAUGAGUUUUACACCAAUGCCACUAAAGACUGCAGGAAAUUCCAGGCAAGCAGGAAAUAUUUACCAUUCCCGUUAAGCCAGGAAGAGGAGGAGUUCCCCCUGGCUUACUCCAUGGUGGUCCAUCAUAAGGUGCAGAAUUUUGAGCGUCUGCUCCGGGCAAUUUACACGCCUCAAAACUUUUACUGCGUCCACGUGGACAAAAAAGCCUCGGCGUCCGUGCUCUCGGCCGUCACGUCCAUCGCCUCCUGCUUCCCGAACGUCUUCCUGGCCAGCCGCUCCGAGAGCGUGGUGUACGCCAGCUGGUCCCGCGUGCAGGCGGACCUCCACUGCAUGGCGGACCUCUUCGAGGCCAGCGCCACGUGGAAGUACUUCAUCAACCUGUGCGGACAGGACUUUCCUCUCAAGACCAACUUGGAGAUGGUGCGAGCCCUCCGGGCGCUGAACGGAGCCAACAGCUUGGAGUCUGAGAAGAUGCCCAAGGGGAAGGUGUGGCGGGUGCAAAAUGUUCACCAGAUAGUUGAUGGACAACUCAAGGGGGUGGGAAAGCCCAAAGAUCCGCCGCCCUUCAACAUCUCAAUCCUCUCCGGAAACGCAUACAUGGUGGUCAGCCGAGGUUACGUCCGCAGCGUCCUGGACGACAAACGCAUCCAGGCGCUGAAAGCCUGGGCCGAGGACGCCUACAGUCCCGACGAGUUCCUGUGGGCGACCAUUCAAAGGCUCCACGGCGUGCCCGGCUCCACGUGGGCCAACCCCAAGUACGACAUGACCGACGUCAACGCCAUAGCGCGGCUGGUCAAGUGGCAGUGGCACGAGGGCGCCAGGGCCAUGAAGGACGCCGUGUACCCGGAGUGUCAGGGCAGGCACGUGAGGGCCAUUUGUGUUUACGGGGUGGGGGACCUGCAGUGGAUCUUGGAGCAGCAUCACCUCUUUGCCAACAAGUUCGACACAGACUUUGACUCCGUGGCCGUGUUCUGUUUGGAAAAGUACUUGAGGCAAAAAGCUCUUGCUGCCUUACAGUAG